AUGGCGGACGAGGAGAACAACACUUUUGAAAACAACAAUGAGGAUCCCGUUAUUCGUCAACUCCGUGAGCAGAUGGCCAACAUGCAGAGGCAGUUGGAUGAGCAGAACGCGAGACCACCAGUUCAGCCCGUGCAGAAUCUGUAUGCAUAUAGACGAGUUGCUAAUCCACCAAUCAAUAAUGCCGGGAUUGCGGCCAACAGCUUUGAGUUAAAGCCGGGAUUGAUAAACAGGGCAGAAGCACAUGCAUUUGGUGGAACAGGUUCGGAAGAUGCCAACAAGCACUUGACCAAGUUCAUACAAAUCAGCAACACGGUGAAGGCUAAUGGGGUCUCCGAUGAUCAGAUUCGCCUCAGAUUGUUCCCUUUUUCUUUGAAGGAUGAUGCUAGGGAUUGGUACGAUAGCAUGGAUCCCAACUCGGUCGAAACUUGGGAUGCAAUGGUUGAGCUCUUCUUGGAUAAAUACUACCCACCGAGCGAGGCACUCAAGCGCCAAGCUGAAGUCAUCUCUUAUGCAAUGCAUCCUCAAGAGAAUAUUCACGAGGCAUGGAAGAGAUUCAAAUACCUGAUGAAGAGAUGCCCCAACCACGGGUUAAGCCCGGGGCAACAGAUCGUAACUUUCCACAGGGGAGCCACUCCGGAGGCAAUACGCGAGUUGAAUAUGAGCGCAGGGGGGUCACUCCUUAAGUUGGGAGAAGACGAUGCAUUAGAGGUGAUUGAGAGGGUGGCCUCCAACGAUGAUGGGUGGAAGAAUGAGAGAAGCAAAGCCUACAGGGUGGCGUCCGCAUCGGAUGUUGACAAGAUGGACAUGAUGUCCAAGCAGCUGGAUUUCCUGACUAGUAAGUUUGGCUAUAUGGAAACAGAGCCAACCGGGCUCGAAAGUGAAGCGGUGAAUUACGUGCAUCAAGGCGGCAACAAUCAGAAUUUCAACAACAACUACCGCCACAAUCAAGGGGGUGGUAACUUCAACAACUUUGGGAAUAGAGCACAUCCCAACUUGUCUUAUGGGAAUCCUAACAAUGCCCUACAGCCACCUCCGGGGUUUCAAGUGUCGAAUGGACAAGUCGUUGAGCCGAAGAAGAAUGAGCUUGGAGAUGUCUUGAUGACGUUUAUGAAGCAGACAGGGGAAAUUAUGGCCAAUUCUGAUAAGAGACUGAAGCAGGUAGAGACAGAUGUGCAGAGCUUGAGUAUUCACAUGAAGAGCAUCGAUACUCAGAUGAGCCAGAUUUCACAGGCUGUGGGUAUUCAACAUCAACCGGGCCAGUUUCCCUCACAUACCAUUGUCAAUCCCAAAGACUGCAAGGAUUGCAAAGCCAUCUGUGCGACCAUUCAACCCGAUGAAGUGGAAAAAGAGGUGGAUGAAGAGACUGCAGAGGAUAAUGUUGUUGAGAAAGAGAAGAAACAACCUGAACCACCUCGAUUGGAGCCAUAUACUCCUAAGAUACCGUUCCCUAGCCGAAUCAAGAAGAAGGUUGUGGAUGAGAAAUUUGAGAAAUUGUUGGACAUCUUUAGGAAGGUGAAUGUGAAUAUCCCACUAGUAGAGGCUCUGCAACAAAUGCCUAUGUAUGCAAGGUUCCUAAAAGACGUGAUCUCCAAGAAGAAAAAGUGGGUGGACUACGAAACAGUGAGCAUGUCGGAGAAUUGUAGUGCCAUAAUCCAGAAGAAAUUGCCGGCAAAGCUUAAGGACCCUGGAAGUUUCAACAUAUCAUGUGUCAUUGGUGACGACAAACACACGAAGGCACUUUGUGAUUUGGGGGCGAGCAUCAACUUGAUGCCCCUAUCCUUCUUUAGGAAGAUGAAAAUCGGCACUCUCAAGCCGACUAGAAUCACGCUCCAAAUGGCCGAUAGAUCUGUCACCUAUCCUGAAGGGAUCAUAGAAGAUGUGUUAGUGCGGGUAAAUGACUUUAUAUUUCCCGUUGAUUUUGUCGUGCUUGACAUGGAAGAAGAUAGGAAUGUGCCGCUUAUCCUUGGUCGGCCAUUCUUAGCGACGGGGAAAGCAUUGAUUGAUGUUUCAAGGGGAGAGCUUACCCUCCGCAUGGGCACCAAACACCAUAUCUUGUCCAUCUACAAUGCCAUGGGGAGUCCUAAGGUGGAAGAGCUUGCUAUGAAGAAAGAGUGCAAAGUUGUGAACGUUGUACAGGUUCAGAAGGAUCAAAUGGUAAAGCCCAAGGUCGAGAAUAUUUCCUUACCACAGUGUCUAUUUGGCCCAUGUGGUGGAUCAACUCAUUGCAAAGGAAGACAAAGAGAGCCCAAGAAGACGAAGGAAAAGGAAGCAGGAAUAUCGAUCACACCGAAGUUAGAGCUCAAAUCAAAUGAUAACAUGGUGAAGAAGACUUGGUGGAAGAAGAGGUUGGCAAGAAUGUAUCUGCUUGAACACGAAGAAGAAGCCAACAUCCCCAUUAAUGGGGAGUGA